CCUCCCCUUCCCAAGAAUGCUCCUCUUCUCUCCGAGUUGCGCGCGGAGGAGCUCAGUCAGAUGGAGACUCUGGAAAGUCGCUCAUUUCCGCAACAAAACCAAGGCGGCGUGUGUCAACAUGAACAGCGCUGAUGUUGAGGAUACACAGGCGUUUAUUUCACUCCAUAAUCCACGCAGACACCUGUCGGCUCGUUGCAUUCAGCGCCUUGAUUGGUGGUCAUGGCUCGUAAACGGCUACAUGAGAAGCGCGUGGAUUAAACCGACUCAACUCCUGCGAGGCCCUGCUGAAGACUGGGGAACACGCUGAAGACAAAUGAUGACCUGCAGAUUAAAAGCUAUGAUGAAUGGACUCGUCAGGACUCACAACCUUGUGUGUGAAGCUCUGACAAAAUAAAUUCCGGGCUCCUUUUUCUACAUGCAUACUGUGCCUCUAUGUCAGUAUGUCACGAACAGAGUGCAAAUAUGGGAACAACACCCAAACCGACUACAGUUACAUCCACACCUUCCCCAUGGGUCAGAACUAUGGGACAGGGCCUGUCAGGACUUUUUUUGAAUUCAGGCACAUUUCAGGCACUGAAAAUCUGGAUUUAAAGUUAUCUCCUCUGUUUUCACUGCCUAACCUGCGGAGCAUCUCCAAAGUCAAAGUGGUGAGCUUCCUGAUGGGCCUGACGCUGAUGUUCCUCAUCAUGGCUUCAUACAUCCUGACGUGGGACAAGAAAGAACUUUUUCUGACCCCCUCUUCAGAUCAGCUCAGACCUGUGUUUGUUCCGACCUGCACAUCAGCAGCUGACGCCUCCUCUAAAAACACUUUAAUGGACCUCAAACAACUGGUGAAAAUCAUCCGCUCAAAACUUGAGUACACACCCAGGAAGGUGCCGGGUGAAAAGGAUGUCACUGAAACAGACUCCCACUUGUUCUCAGUUAUUCCUCGUCAUUUCCUGCCCGGCAUCAAGAGCCCUUGUUGGUAUGAAGAGUUCUCUGGUGAACUCAGCACUGAUCCAUAUGGGAGAAACCUCUUCACUCUGCGUUCAAAGAGCUUCAAGACCGCCUGUGACCACUUAAGCACCAGCUUCCACCAGCACUUACACCACAGAGACGGUAAACGGUUUCGUCUACGCUGUCUGCCGUUCUUCUACAUCAUCGGCCAACCAAAGUGCGGCACGACCGACUUGUUCCACAGGCUGCUGCUGCAUCCAGAGGUGAAGUUUAACACCAUGAAGGAGCCACACUGGUGGACCAGGAAACGCUUUGGUUAUAUCCGUUUCAAAGAUGGCUUCCAGGAAAGUUUCCCUGUGGAAGAUUACCUGGAUCUGUUUGACUUGGCAGCCCAAAAAAUCCAAGAAGUAAUCAGUGGAAAUUCAUCUGGAGACCACCGAGCACUCCAGCUCAUAACAGGUGAAGCCAGUGCAUCAACCAUGUGGGACAACCAGGCCUGGAGCUAUCUUCACAGAGAGAGGGAGGAGGUAGAGCCCCCAUUUCUGGCCCAGGACUUCAUCCACACGGUCCAGCCCGGUGCUAAAAUAAUAAUCAUGCUCAGAGAUCCAGCAGAGAGGCUCUACUCUGACUACCUGUAUUUUAAGAUUGCCAACAAGUCAGCAGAGGACUUCCAUCAGAAGGUCAUGGACUCUGUCCAGCUGUUUCACACCUGCCUGUCUGAGAGGUCACUUCGAUCCUGUGUCUACAACACCAGUCUCUCCAAUACCAUGCCGGUUAGGCUAAAUUUGGGGAUGUAUAUCAUCUUCUUACUGGAUUGGCUGACUGUUUUCCAAAGGGAGCAGAUUCUUGUUCUUCGACUGGAGGACUACGCAGCAAACCUUAAGGGAACCAUCAAGAAAGUUUUUGAUUUUCUGAGUGUCGGUCCUCUGUCGGAGCAGGUGGAAGGAGCACUGACCAAGCGGCCCAUGUCUAACACCCGGCGAGCAGCAGACAGAAACCUGGGCCCGAUGCUUCCAGCCACAAAAGUCCUCCUCAGGGAAUUUCAUAAUCCUUUUAACCAAAAACUGGCCAGUGUGCUAGAGAACAAGGCCUUCCUAUGGAGCGCCACCUGAUGGAACAUGAUCAUGGACAAGAUGGACGUAAAUUAAGCACCAGAGCAAGAGGCUACGACAGGAAGGCCUACUUUUAUGAAGUUAUUUAUGGGGGAGAACUCUUAUGCAGAUGUAAAUUAUAUGUGGAAACAAAUCUGAGGAAGUGUUUGUUUUUUGUGAUAUUUAUUUGCUUUUAAAAAGAUGUGUGAUGCUGAUUAAGUGAAGAUGAUAAUAAAAUCUACUGGAUUUGUGUUUGAA